AUUGAAACUCCUGCUCCAUUUUGUUUCAGUAAUUGUCUUGUCCUUCUAGAAAAAGAAGCAUAUUUGCAGAAACGAUUCCCAGAAAGCAGCCAUGGAUGUUGAUUCACAGCCAACUAUGGAGGAAACUAUUUUGGUUGGUGAUGAUCUAAUGAUGGGUCCUCCAUCACCAAUAGUACCGCCGGAAAUAGCUUCGCAUGUGCUCCAAGGUGUUGAUCUAUGUGAUGGAAUUCUCAGGAAUCUAUUCUUGUGCUUGCAAAUCAAUGACAUUGAACCAUUCUGUCAAGAUGAGAUUGCUCUAUAUAAACAAUGUGCUGAAAGAAGGGAUAAGGAGAUAAGAAAUCGGCUUCAAGAUAGUGAAUUCAAAUUGGGUUCAUCAAUGCCUUUAGAUGCAGCCAAGGAGAGGACUACUCAGCUUGAGGCAGAAGUUACAUCAUUGGAGAGGCGCUUGAUUCUUGCUAGUGGAGUUGAGGGCAUUGAAGGUUUCCGCCAAAGAUGGAGCUUGCACGGCCGCCUUACUGAUUCCAAAAAAAGGUUGGAAUUUUUAAAGCGGGGCAUAGAUGGAAGAACAGUAUGAAUCCUUUAGGGAAUCAACUUUCAAAAUUUGGUACUUGAGUGGAAGGUUAUACCUGCAUCAGGAGCCAUACAGAGUUAUGUUCCUCUCCAUAUAAAAAUUACAGAUGUUCUGUUGCUUUUUAACCAUCAUUUUUAUGAUAUACUAGUUUAUGUAAUAUCUAAUAUGUAUUAGAGUUAUUCUCAAAUUAAGAAUAUCAUAUUCAUCCCAAUCCCAAGUGUUUUUGGACCAAAGUCAUCUUGUGUUCAAAGGUGUAAGUGAACUACUUAUUUAAAU